AUGAAGAAGGUUCACGAUCACAGAUCAUUCUCAGCAAGCAAUGACAUGCGUUUAUUAGGAGAAAUCCUUUGGAGGAUCACAUACGUCUCUUCAAUAACUACUUUGCUAAUGUAUCGUGUGGAGAAUCAUGAACCAUACUUCGUUCAAAGAAGAAAUGCUGCUAAAAUGUUUGGGCUUUCUUCUUUACAAAAGGUGACUGCUGCUUUAAGAAUCCUUGCUUAUGGAGUUGGAGCUGAUCUCAUAGAUGAGUAUAUAAGAAUUGGAGAAACCACAGCAAUAAAGGGCAUGAAACUCUUUGUCAAAGCGGUAAUCUUGAUCUUUAGAGAUGUGUACUUGCGGUCUCCAAAUAGCAAUGGCAUUGCUAGAUUGCUAGCAAUUGGUGUGAAACAGGGAUUUCCAUAUAUGUUGAGGAGUAUUGACUACAUGCACUGGAAAUAA